GCCACGCCCGUGUCCUGGCAACCGUCCCCGCGGUAACGGCGCGCGCGAGGCUCCGGUCGAGGCCUCCCCGCCACCGGCCCGGCCCCGAUCCCGAUCCCGCAGCCCCGAUAGGAACCGGCCCGGCCCCGAUCCCGAUCCCGAUCCCGCAGCCCCGCCAGGAACCGGCCCGGCCCCGAUCCCGAUCCCGCAGCCCCGCCAGGAACCGGCCCGGCCCCGAUCCCGCAGCCCUGCCAGGGCCCGCCCGGCCCCGAUCCCGGCGCUGAGGGGCGGCCGGACAUGGUCAUCGCGCCCCGGCAUCUGGUGUGUCUCCUCUGCAGCGGGACACAGUUAUGGGUGACCAAAUCCAAUUCAUUGUUGAGAAGCUCAAUCAGGAGCCCUUCAGGAAGAACUACAAUCUGAUCUCGUUUGACUCCCUGGAGUCGCUGCAGCUGCUGCAGCUGCUCAGUGAUGUUCUGGGGGAGAUUGACCCGAAGCAUGCUGUCGACAUUAGAGAGGAGCUGCCAGAACAAACAGCUAAAAGAAUGUUGAAUCUCCUUGGAAUCCUGAAAUACAAACCUCCAGGGACUGUGUCAGACCUGAGUGCUUUUCGCCAAGGGCUGGUUACUGGAAGCAAAACUGUAAUUCAUCCUGUCUUACACUGGCUUCUUCAGAGGACCAGUGAACUCAGGACAAGAGCUUACCUGGCACGUUUCUUAGUGAAACUGGAAGUGCCAGCAGAGUUCCUACAGGAUGAUACUGUGGCUGACUUCAACAAACAGUAUGAAGAACUCAUGGAAGCAUUUAAAAACCUGCAUAAGGAGCACGAGCAGCUCAAAAUAUCUGGUUUAUCAACUGCAGAAAUAAGAAGGGACAUUGGUGCAAUGGAAGAGGAGAAAGAUCAACUGGCCAAAAGAGUAGAGCGUCUUAAGAAGAGGGUGGAGACAGUACAAAAUCAUCAACGGAUGCUUGAAAUAGCAAGACAGCUCCGCUUAGAGAAAGAGAGAGAAGAAUCUCUGGCUCAACAGAAACAAGAACAAAAAAGUCAGCUGUUCCACGCAGAGCAGAAGCUGCAGAGAGCUCAGGUGCAGCUGAAGGAGAUGCAGAACAUGGUGGCAGAUUCCAAACCAGAAAGUUUAAUGAAGAAACUAGAAGAGGAGAUGAAUUUCAAUUCCUACCUGGUAACUGAAAAAAUACCCAGAGAGAUGGAAAGUAAAAAGACUUCAGUGUAUUUCUUACAAAAGGUGGUUGCAGAGCCAGCCAUGACUCAAGCUGAUCUCACGGCACUGGAAAGUGAGAGAGAUGAAGUCAAUGCAGAAAUUAAUCAGCUUAUUGAGAAAAGGAUGAUCAAGUAUGAGCCAACUGACAGUAAAUUCUCCAUGUAUCGCCAGCAGGCUUCUAUAAUUUCUCGGAAAAAAGAAGCCAAGGCAGAAGAGCUUCAGGCUGCCAAGGAAGAGAUGUCCAGCCUGGAGAGGCAGAUGGAGCAGAAGAGCAGUCAGGCCCAUGAGCUGGAAGGCUCUGAAGUCCUCACUGAGGAUGAGUUCAAGCAGUACGUGAGCAAGCUGCGGAGCAAGAACACGUUUUACAAAAAGAAGAGGCUGGAAAUAGCAGAGAUCACGGCGGAGUACGGGAUCCUGCAGAGGACCGAGGAGCUCCUGCGGCAGCGCCACGAGGCCAUCCAGCAGCAGCUGCAAGCAAUUGAGGAGAAGAAAGGAAUCUCUGGAUACAGCUACACCCAGGAGGAGCUGGAAAGAGUCUCUGCAGUGAAGAGUGAAAUGGAUGAAGUAAAAGGCCAGACAUUAGAUAACAUGUCUGAAAUGGUGAAGAAACUGAAUGCCAUGGUGGCAGAGAAGAAGGCAAGCCUUGCUCCUGUCAUCAAAGAGCUGAGGCAGCUGCGUCAGAGCUGCCAGGAAUUAACUCAAGAAUGUGAUGAGAAGAAAAUCCAGUAUGACAGUUGUGCAGCCGGCUUGGAGACCAACCGCUCAGCGCUGGAGCAGGAAGUGAAAGGGCUUCUUGAGGAGUGUGCCCAGGAAGAGAGCAACUACCAUUACAUUAACUGCAUGAAAAGGAGCCUGGAGGUCCAGCUGCAGCGUGCCAAGGAGGAAAUGAAGGCCUACAUGUCCCCAGACCCGCAGGAGCGGCGCAGGGCGGUUCGAGAACAGUAUACAAGAAUAAUCCUUGAACAAGAAAACCUUGGGAAGAAACUACGAGAGAAACAGAAAGUUGUACGGGAAAGUCAUGGGCUGAAUAUGAAGCAAAUGAAAAUGUGGCAGGACUUCGAGCAAUUAAUGGAAUGUAAGAGAGAAUGUUUUCUGAAACAACAAAAUCAAUCAACCAUUGGUCAGAUCAUUCAGGAAGGAGGUAAAGAUAGGCUUGUGUUAUGAAUUCUUCCUCCUGAUACCCACAUGAAUUAGGAAGGCUCUUGUUAAAUACUGUUGCUUUCAUCAGUUCUCCAAUUUUUGUACAUGGCUUGGUUUUGGUGCAUAAACAGAGUGAGCAAAGAACCCCUCUGGAAGUUUUUGCUCCACUGUCUCAGUGACAAUGUGCCAUGGUUGGAAGCUGUUGGGAGGGCUGCACUGGGGUGAACCUGCUCAUAAAUCCGUGUUUUAUGAGGCCAGGAAUGGCACGCAUCUGUUGAGAGAUCAAAGGGAAACAAAUCCUUCUGCAGGGUCACAGAAAACUCACGUAAUUGCUCUGCCCCUCAUUCUCCGUCGAUAAGGUUACAUUUUUGCAAGGCCUGCGACUUGAUAUUGUAUAAUUGUGGCGCUGCUGGCUCUGCCGCUGUCGCUAUUGUCCUUACCCAGGCAGUGUGGCAGCCCGGCCCCAACACUCCUGCUCAUUCUUUCCUUGCACGGUUGAGCUCAGCUGAUUGCCUGUAGAACAAUCACUUGGAUUCUGCUGUUGUUGGAUCUUUUGCUGUUGUUGUUUUUAACAGAAGUUUUUUUUCUCGCACAUUUACCUCCUUUAUAUUUUCUGAGUUGCCAGUGUGAAAAUGCAAAGGGAGCUCGGCUGAAGCUUUCCUCAGGGAGGAGUUCUGAGCUGUUUUGUCUGCACAGUGCAAUUCCAAGGGGAUUACACACACACAAAGAGGGUCACCCCAGGGCUGGAGGUUAUCCCUGGGUGUAGAUAUGGCCCAGGGGUUCUUGCAUCUGGCCUGGAGCGCAGCCCUGAGCUGAGAACAGCUGUCCCUGCCCCCAGAGGUGCCCCAGGGCUGAGCCAGGGGCACAGGGAUGGAGCUGAGGACUCGAGUGUCCCUCGCUCGUCACCAUUCCGGAUGAGCAGCUCCUGGCCCCCAUCACACAUCAGCAGCACAGAGAUAAUUCUGUGGGACCAGAACUCCUGCUGUUCUCCUUCGGCUUACUGGAUUCCUAGAUAGGUUGGUGAGGUUUUUUAUAGUUUUUCUGCCUGAAGUAGAAUGUCUUUUUCCAGGAUAUAAAAAAAGUAAUUUUGCUUUCUUUGAUACCUAACUAUGAGAUCUUUUGCUGGUUUCUAUAUCCAGAGAGUAUGGUAAUUAUAGAGUUCCUGGUUUGCCUUUGCAUUAAAUAUAUUUGUUAACAGGACUAAAAUAAAAGCUGGCAAAACUUCA